AUGGCACCUAAGAAAACAAGUUCUGUGUGGAAAUUUUUUAACAAAAUUGAUGACAAGUCUUCAAAAUGCAAACUAUGCCUGAAAAUUAUUAGAUCUGCAGGAAAUACGACCAAUUUAAUGGGACAUAUUCGUAAUAUUCACAAAUCUUCUUAUUUAGAAAUUGUUCCUAAGCCAAAAUCUGGUAUAUUAGAAAAAGGACAUUCGAAAACUAAAGAGACAUCUGCGUCUGAUAAUGAUUCAGACUUGUGCAAGCCAUCUACGAGUAGUGUUGUGAAGUGUGCAGAAACGUCAUCACAAGAUAGUUCAAAAGACUGUGCCGAAACUCGCAAUAUAGAUACAGAACAAGAGAGUCAAAUGAUACUCCCUUUAAAGCGUCAAAAGACCAUUACAGCUUCUUUUACAGAAAUUGAUGUUUUUUCUCCAUCUGGUGACAAGACUAGAAAAAUAAACAACUGUAUUUUAUAUAUGAUUUGUAAAGACCAUCAGCCGUUUUCAAUUGUGGAAAAUGAAGGAUUUCAUAAUUUAAUGAAAGUUGUAGCACCUCAUUAUAAAAUACCUAGCAGAACAUCCAUUACGCGUUGGCUAGACCAAAAAUUUGAAGCUCUGUCGACAAAUUUCAAAACAAAGUUGUCUACUAUAGAAUAUAUAACUUUAACAACUGAUAUUUGGUCAGAUACCAUGAAUAUGAAAAGUUUUUUGGGUGUGACGGCACAUUUUGGUUUUGAUAUCGAGUUAUACGCUGUGACGCUUGGAGUUUAUGAACUAAAUCAAAGACACACAUCUGACUAUAUUGCUGCAGAGCUCAUAAAAACUUGUGAGGCAUGGGGAAUACACAAAGAGAAAGUGUCAGCUGUUGUAACUGACAAUGCAGCCAAUAUGGUCAAGGCGGUGGAAUUAGCAUUUGGGAAAAAAAAAACAUAUUCCUUAAGUCCAGUGGCAAGAUUAAACGAAAAUCCGUUAGAAGUUUGGAAAGAUAUUAAAAUUCAGUUUCCGAAAUUAUAUAAAAUUGCGUUUAAGUUUUUGACUAUGGUGGGCACAUCUGUGCCCUCUGAAAGAUUAUUUUCCAAAGCGGCGCAGAGAGGCCUCAAUCCCUUUAUCGGAUUCACGUACAAAGGUGUCCGAAUGAAAACAGCCCACGGCCGCCGGAUAUUGGGUUUAGCCGCUUCACCGUUAAGCCUCAAUACAGCCUUCGAGCCAUCUAAAAUUAAAAUGGAAUAUCCAGUAGCCGCAUAA